UGUUCUGCGGAUUGUGCACAGAAAGAUCCGCGAUCGUUGUGCGUUAUGUAUUAAUACGGCAAGACUGAUCUCACAUGCAGUGUUGAAUGGAUUGGGAUUUGGAGGUGCGUGGAAAUAAGCAGUGUGUGCUGGAAAGAGACGUGCUUAGAGUCCUUAUCUCAUCUGACAUGAUACACAUGCUUCACCAGUUGCUAAUGAGGAGAAUUAAUUCAUGCGCACAUUAAUCGAUGGGAACAUUGUGGGUAUCUGCAUUGUAAUUGAUCUGCAGUGUUUUAGAGUUGCAUACGCCUCAAAUUUACGGUGCAGAGUCUUUGUAAUACUUGAGCUGGCAGGAUGGUGGCGCUGUCUUUGAAGAUCUGUGUGAGACAGUGUAAUGUGGUGAAGACGAUGCAGUUUGAGCCAUCAACGGCAGUGUAUGAUGCAUGCCGGGUCAUCCGAGAGAGGGUUCAGGAAGCCCAAACAGGACAGGCUUCAGAAUAUGGGCUGUUUCUGUCAGAUGAAGACCCCAGGAAAGGCAUCUGGCUGGAAGGGGGCCGGACGCUGGAUUAUUACAUGCUGAGAAAUGGGGACAUACUGGAGUAUAAGAAAAAACAGAGACCUCAGAAGAUAAAAAUGCUGGAUGGCGCUGUGAAGACCAUCAUGGUGGAUGAUUCCAAAACUGUAGGAGAGCUGCUUGUCACCAUCUGCAGUAGAAUAGGAAUCACAAACUAUGAAGAGUACUCUCUAAUCCAGGAGGUGGUAGAGGAGAAGAAAGAUGAAGGGACGGGCACACUGAAGAAAGACAGGACUUUACUGAGGGAGGAGAGGAAGAUGGAGAAGCUCAAAGCUAAACUGCACACAGAUGAUGACUUGAAUUGGUUGGAUCAUGGGCGAACGUUUAGAGAACAGGGAGUCGAGGAGAGUGAAACGCUACUGUUGAGACGAAAGUUCUUCUACUCCGAUCAAAACGUGGACUCGCGAGAUCCUGUGCAGCUCAAUCUGCUCUAUGUACAGGCGCGUGACGACAUCCUGAAUGGUUCUCAUCCCGUGUCGUUUGACAAGGCUUGUGAAUUUGGUGGAAUUCAAACACAGAUCCAGUUCGGGCCUCAUAUAGAACAUAAACAUAAGUCUGGAUUUCUGGACUUGAAGGAGUUUCUGCCUAAGGAAUACAUCAAACAGAGAGGAGCAGAGAAGAAGAUCUUUCAGGAACAUAAGGCUUGUGGAGAAAUGACAGAGAUCGAAGCCAAAGUGAAAUAUGUGAAGCUUGCGAGAUCACUCAGAACAUAUGGAGUGUCUUUCUUCUUGGUGAAGGAAAAAAUGAAAAGUAAAAAUAAGCUGGUCCUAAGGCUGCUGGGUAUAACCAAAGAAUCAGUGAUGCGAGUGGAUGAGAAAACCAAAGAUGUGGUUCAAGAGUGGCCACUUACUACAGUGAAGAGAUGGGCCGCCUCACCUAAGAGCUUUACACUGGAUUUCGGGGAGUAUCAGGAGAGCUACUACUCUGUUCAGACCACAGAGGGGGAGCAGAUAUCGCAACUUAUUGCUGGCUACAUCGAUAUCAUUCUCAAGAAGAAACAAAGCAAGGACCGUUUUGGUUUAGAGGGAGAUGAGGAGGCCACCAUGUUGGAGGAAUCAGUUAAUCCGAAAAAAUCUACUAUAUUGCAGCAGCAGUUUAACCGUGCCGGACGGGUAGAGCAUGGCUCAGUGGCAUUGCCUGGGAUCUUGAGGUCAGGUUCUGUCGGCCCAGAAGAGCUAAACAUGGGUACCAUGCCCUCUCCACAACAACAGAUCACUACUGGACAGAUGCAUCUUGGGCAUAUGCCACCACUGAGCGCAGCCCAACAGGCUCUUGUGGGAACCAUUAGCACCAGUAUGCAAGCGGUGCAACAGGCACAGGAGGACCUGGAGGAGGUGGAAGAGCUGCCACCACUUGGAGAUGAUAUGGCUUCUAAAAUGUGGAUUCAGAACAAGGUGGAUGAGUCCAAGCAUGAUAUUCACUCUCAGGUGGACGCCAUUGCAGCUGGAACUGCCUCUGUGGUUAAUCUUACUGCUGGUGAUCCGACGGACACAGAUUAUACAGCGGUUGGCUGUGCGAUUACCACCAUCUCCUCUAAUCUGACGGAGAUGUCCAAAGGUGUGAAGCUGCUGGCAGCUUUGAUGGAGGAUGAGGUGGGCAGUGGGCAUGACCUCAUGAGGGCUGCCAGGACCCUCACUGGAGCUGUAUCUGACCUGCUCAAAGCUGUGGAGCCUGCAUCAGGAGAGCCACGACAGACGGUUCUGACUGCAGCCGGCAGCAUCGGUCAAGCCAGUGGAGAUCUGCUAAGACAAAUUGGAGAGAAUGAAACGGACGAGCGCUUCCAGGAUGUUCUGAUGAACCUAGCUAAAGCUGUGGCUAAUGCAGCAGCCAUGAUGGUUCUGAAGGCCAAGAACGUGGCACAGUUUUCUGAAGACAGCGUCCUGCAGAACAGGGUUAUUGCAGCUGCGACCCAGUGUGCCCUCUCCACUUCACAACUAGUGGCCUGUGCCAAGGUUGUGAGCCCCACUAUCAGCUCCCCUGUGUGUCAAGAGCAGCUGAUUGAAGCAGGGAAGCUGGUGGAUCGUUCAGUAGAAGGUUGUGUGAAGGCCUGCCUGUCAGCUACCAGUGAUGGAGAGCUUCUCAAGGCCGUCAGCGCAGCAGCUGGUAUCGUCACACAGGCUCUUAGUGACCUACUCACGCAUGUGAGGAACUACGCCACUCGUGGGGAGCCCAUCGGACGCUACGACCAGGCCACGGACACCAUCAUGACGGUUACAGAGAAUAUUUUCUGCUCCAUGGGUGAUGCUGGUGAGAUGGUCCGACAGGCACGGGUUCUUGCCCAGGCGACAUCUGACCUGGUGAAUGCCAUGAGAUCAGAUGCUGAGGUGGAGGUGGAUGUGAACAACUCCAAGAAGCUUCUUGCAGCUGCCAAACUGCUUGCAGAUGCCACCGCUCGAAUGGUCGAGGCUGCAAAGGGAGCUGCUGCAUACCCUGAGAAUGAAGACCAGCAGCAGAAGCUGCGGGAGGCUGCGGAGGGGCUGCGUGUGGCCACCAACGCGGCUGCACAGAACGCCAUCAAGAAAAAACUCAUAACAAGACUGGAGAAUGCCGCUAAACAAGCUGCUGCCGCUGCCACUCAGACUAUUGCGGCAUCCCAGAAUGCAGCAGCCUCUAACAAGAAUACUGCUGCCCACCAACAACUUGUUCAGAGCUGCAGGGCUGUAGCUGACCAUAUUCCCCAGCUGGUGCAGGGAGUGAGGGGCAGUCAGGGUCAGCCAGAGGAUGGUAGUGCCCAGCUUGCCCUCAUCAUUGCCAGCCAGAACUUCCUUCAACCUGGAAGUAAGAUGGUUUCUUCAGCGAAGUCGUCUGUGCCAACUGUUUCGGAUCAGGCGGCAGCCAUGCAGCUUGGGCAGUGUGCAAAGAAUCUGGCCACCAGCCUGGCUGAACUCCGCACUGCUGCACAGACGGCUCAUGAAGCGUGCGGCCCCAUGGAGAUAGACUCUGCCCUUAUAGCGGUGCAGACGCUUAAGAAUGAACUCCAGGAUGCAAAAAUGGCAGCUUCUGAAGGACAGCUGAAACCAUUACCUGGAGAAUCAUUGGAAAAGUGUACUCAGGAUCUGGGUGGUACAUCUAAGGCCGUUGGUUCAUCGAUGGCCCAACUGCUUACCUGUGCAGCACAGGGAAAUGAACAUUACACAGGUGUUGCUGCUAGCGAAACUGCCCAGGCUCUCAAGACAUUAGCACAGGCUGCGAGGGGUGUUGCUGCCACCACAUCAGACCCUGCUGGAGCCAUAGCCAUGUUGGAUUCUGCUUGGGAAGUUAUGGAAGGGUCGGCUAAAUUGAUUUCUGAAGCCAAGGAGGCGCUGGUUGCUCCUGGUGAUGCAGAGAUACAACAGAGGCUGGCACAGGUAGCAAAGGCUGUGUCUCACUCACUGAACGCAUGUGUGAACUGUCUACCUGGACAAAAAGAUGUUGAUAUGGCCCUGAAAAGCAUUGGAGAAGCCAGCAAAAAACUACUUGUAGAGACGCUCCCUCCUUGCAGUAAGACCUUCCAGGAGGCUCAGAGUGACCUGAACCAGACCGCAGCCGAUCUGAACCAGUCCGCAGGUGAUGUGGUCCAUGCCUCUAGAGGGACCACUAUCAAGCUUGCAGAUGCUUCUGGGAAGUUCAGUGAGGACUUUGAUGAGUUUCUAGAUGCUGGCAUUGAGAUGGCUGGCCAUACACAGGGUAAGGAUGAUCAGAUACAGGUGAUUGGGAAUUUGAAGAACAUCUCAAUGGCCUCCAGUAAGCUGCUGUUGGCAGCCAAGUCUUUAUCUGUGGACCCUGGAGCAGGAAAUGCAAAGAACCUGCUCGCUGCUGCUGCCAGAACGGUGACCGACAGCAUCAAUCAGCUGAUUACCCUGUGUACCCAGAAUGCCCCAGGACAGAGGGAAUGUGACAAUGCUCUAAGAGAGCUUGAGGCUGUUAGGGGACUGCUGGAUAACCCGAAUGAGCCAGUCAAUGAUCUCUCCUACUUUGACUGCAUUGAAAGUGUCAUGGAGAACUCUAAGAUACUCGGUGAGUCUAUGGCCGGUAUCUCACAUAACUGUAAGACAGGAGAUGUUCCAGCAUUUGGAGACUGUGUGGGUGGAGCCUCUAAAGCUCUGUGUGGACUGACUGAAGCAGCUGGUCAGGCUUCUUAUCUAGUGGGUGUGUCUGACCCCAACAGCCAAGCUGGACAUCCAGGCUUAGUGGAUCCUAUCCAGUUCGCUCGUGCUAAUCAGGCAAUCCAGAUGGCUUGCCAAAAUCUUGUUGACUCAGACAGUAGUCCUUCACAGGUGCUCUCAGCUGCCACCAUUGUUGCCAAGCACACCUCAGCGCUGUGUAAUGCUUGUCGACUGGCUUCAUCUAAGACUGCCAACCCUGUGGCUAAAAGACACUUUGUGCAGUCAGCCAAAGAAGUGGCCAACAGCACAGCCAGCCUGGUCAAAACAAUCAAGGCAUUAGAUGGGGAUUUCUCUGAGGAAAACCGUGAGAAAUGUCGUGUUGCAACAGCGCCGCUCAUUGAAGCUGUUGACAAUCUGACUACGUUUGCUAGUGUACCUGCACAGAUAAGUAAAGAGGGUUCUGCUGCACAGGAGCCAAUCAUCCAAUCAGCACACUCCAUGCUUGGCAGCUCCACCCACCUUUUGAAGACAGCACGGUCAUUAGUUAUGAACCCUAAAGAUCCACCCACGUGGUCAUUACUGGCAAGCCAUUCACGCAUCGUGUCAGACUCCAUCAAGAGCCUCAUCACUGCUAUCAGGGAUAAAGCCCCUGGCCAAAAGGAAUGUGACUCAGCCAUUGAUAAUAUCAAUAAAUGCAUCCGAGAUAUUGAGCAGGCCUCUCUUGCAGCUGUCAGCCAGAAUCUUCCUCCUAGAGAUGAAGUUUCAUCUGAGGCUUUGCAGGAGCAGUUAACAUCAUCUGUUCAGGAGGUGGGUCACCUGAUUGAGCCGAUUUCUACAGCAGCAAAAGGAGAAGCAGCACAGCUGGGACAUAAGGUCUCUCAGUUGGUCAGUUACUUCACCCCGCUGGUCUCAGCCUCGAUGGGCAUGGCCUCCAAAAUCUUCGAUCAUCAGCAGCAGAUGAACCUUCUGGAUCAGACCAAGACUCUUACUGAGUCUGCUCUACAAAUGCUGUAUGCUGCCAAGGAAGGGGGUGGAAACCCUAAGGCCUUUCAUACCCAUGAUGCCAUAGCAGAAGCUGCACAGUUGAUGAGGGAAGCUGUUGAUGACCUCUUGCUGACCCUGAAUGAAGCUGCUAGUGAGGUUGGCAUGGUCAGUGGCAUGGUGGAUUCGAUUGCUGAUGCUAUGGGGAAGUUAGGUGAAGGUUCUCCACCAGAACCAGAAGGUUCAUUUGUGGAAUAUCAGACCACCAUGGUGAGAUACUCCAAAGCUAUUGCUGUCAGUGCGCAGGAGAUGAUCACUAAAUCAGUGAGUGCUCCAGAGGAUCUGGGCAGUUUGGCCUCACAGGUCACUGCAGACUACAGUCAGCUUGCAGUUCAAGGACGUCUAGCUGCUGCUACUGCGGAACCAGAGGAGAUCGGGUUCCAGAUAAAGACACGUGUGCAGGAACUGGGGCACGGCUGCAUUGUUCUCGUUCAGAAGGCUGGAGCGCUGCAGAUCAGUCCAUCUGACUCGUUCACAAAGAGAGAACUUAUUGAGUGUGUACGAGCCGUCACUGAGAAGGUGUCUAUGGUGCUGUCUGCAUUGCAAGCCGGUAAUAAGGGCACUCAAGCCUGUAUCACUGCAGCCAGUGCUGUAUCGGGCAUCAUCGCUGACCUGGACACCACCAUCAUGUUUGCUUCUGCUGGUACACUCAAUGCCGAGAACGAUUCGGACUCCUUCGCUGAUCACAGGGAGAAUAUUCUGAAGACAGCUAAAGCGCUGGUGGAGGACACUAAGAACCUUGUUUCAGGUGCAGCAUCAAGUCAAGAGAAGCUGGCCCAGGCUGCCCAAUCUUCUGCCAAGACCAUCACACAACUUACAGAUGUGGUGAAAUUGGGAGCGGCCAGCAUAGGCCCAGAUGACCCAGAAACACAGGUGGUGUUGAUCAACGCAGUGAAGGAUGUUGCUAAAGCUUUGGCUGAGCUCAUUAGCGCCACCAAGUGUGCAGCAGGAAAAGCUGCCGACGACCCCUCAAUGUACCAGCUCAAGAGUGCAGCCAAGGUUAUGGUAACUAAUGUAACAUCCUUACUAAAAACGGUGAAGGCAGUGGAGGACGAGGCUUCAAGAGGAACCAGAGCUCUGGAAUCCACUAUCGAGUGCAUUAAACAGGAACUCACAAUGUUCCAGUCUAAAGAAGCCCCUGAGAAGUCAACUACUCCAGAAGAGUUCAUUCGCAUGACGAAGGGCAUCACCACUGCAACUGCUAAAGCUGUUGCAGCAGGAAAUUCUGCCAGACAGGAAGAUGUCAUCUCCACGGCGAACCUCAGCCGCAAGGUCAUAACCGAUAUGCUGACCACAUGCAAGCAAGCGGCAUAUCACGAGGAAGUGAGUGACGACGUCAGGAGAAGAGCUCUGCUAUACGGCACUGAAUGUACCAAUGGAUAUAUAGAUCUCCUAGAGCAUGUCCUACAGGUCUUACAAAAGCCAACAGGUGACCAGAAACAGAAGUUGGCGAUGUUCUCUAAGAAGGUUGCUGCAGCUGUUACUGAACUGAUUCAGACAGCAGAGGCCAUGAAAGGCACUGAGUGGGUCGACCCUGAGGAUCCUACUGUGAUCGCUGAAACUGAGUUAUUGGGAGCUGCUGCCUCAAUUGAAGCAGCGGCCAAGAAACUUGAGCAGCUCAAACCAAGAGCCAAACCAAGGCAAGCUGAUGAGAGUUUAAACUUUGAAGAGCAGAUACUUGAGGCAGCCAAAUCUAUCGCUGCAGCCACCAGCGCCCUUGUAAAAUCAGCUUCAGCAGCUCAGAGAGAACUCGUUGCCCAAGGCAAGGUGGGAGCCAUCCCUGCCAACGCUGUGGAUGAUGGACAGUGGUCUCAAGGGCUGAUAUCUGCUGCACGCAUGGUUGCCGCAGCCACCAGUAAUCUCUGUGAGGCAGCAAACGCAUCAGUCCAAGGCCAUGCCAGUGAGGAAAAGCUCAUCUCUUCUGCCAAACAAGUGGCUGCUUCCACUGCACAGCUGUUGGUGGCGUGCAAGGUUAAAGCUGACCAGGAUUCAGAGGCUAUGAGGAGGCUACAGGCUGCAGGCAAUGCUGUGAAACGUGCCUCUGACAGUCUGGUUCGAGCUGCCCAGAAAGCUGCUUUCAACAAGGCUGAUGAUGACAAUGUGGUGGUCAAGACCAGGUUUGUCGGAGGAAUUGCUCAGAUUAUUGCUGCUCAGGAGGAGAUGUUGAGGAAGGAGAGGGAGCUGGAAGAGGCCCGUAAGAAGCUGGCACAGAUCAGACAACAACAGUACAAGUUCCUGCCAAGUGAACUCAGAGAAGAUGAGGACUAAACAUAUAUGUUGGCUUCCUCGUGAUCAAGUUGUCCACCAUUUGAUUUUUGUCUUCAGAGCGCAGGUGGAUUUCUCUUCGACCUAUAGUGCAGUCCAUACAACACCUACGAAAUUGAUGAAGGGUUAUUGAAUUAGGUGACUGGAUUGUGAUUUUUUUUUUUUUUAUAUUUAAACUCUUGAAGAACUAUACAAACAACAACCAUCUCAUCUCCUUUACCGUGAAUGUGUUCAUGCCUCCACCACACCCUCAUGAAGAAGCUUUGGAUUUCUGGCAUGAUUCUGAACUUGUCAAUGUGUGCAUGUUCGUGCCGAACAGCGGGAUUACACUUGUGGGAUUGGAGUGUUGAGGAUGAACUAAUGAGAUGGGCCUGUUUGAGCUCAGUCAUUAAAAUAAAGCAUUUUAGGGUUUCAAACAAGGUACAGACUUUGACAUUUACAUCAAGUUUAAAGUCGAGCAGAAAGGAAACCUGAUUGUUAGAGAAGAGCCUUUUAAACUCCAGUUGAAUGUUUAACACUUGUACAUUUGUAAUGGUGAGAUACAUUUUUUAUGCUUCACUUUCAUUGCUUCGAAGUUCACAAAGUAUACAAAUAAAAGAUAUUUAUGUAGCGAAAUGUGCGUACAUGUGCAAUGUAAAACAAAAUCACUCAGAAUGAAAAGUCUAAAAUGCAGCUUCUCAAAUGAUUUUUUCCUUGCUGAAUACGCUUUUUGAGAAUGCAAUGACCAGAUGUAGUGAUUCAUGGAUUAUAAAUGGAGAAUCAAAAGACCAUAUUAACCUCAGAAAAGUACUGUGGAAAACCCACCUCUAACCCCUUAAAAGCUUUUUAAAAAAUGACCUUAAACCACAUCAGAUUUUUUUUUUUACAUGAAAAUACUGAAUGUAUGUGUUAAAAUGUAAUGGAAUUGAAUUUCUCAUAUUUGUUGUCUGCAGGAAUGAGGAUGUAUGUUUAAAAUGCUGAUUGAAUGUUUCUUUUCACUUUUGGUAGAGCCAGACAUACUGUAACUUCAACAUUUAUGCAAAUUUUUAAGAGUGAUUUUUUUUUUUUUUUUUCGUCCUGAAAUUAUUGGCCACUGCAGUAUUUUAUAGUGCUGUUUGUAGCUACUUUGAGUGAUUUUCUUUUUCUUUUCAUCAUAUCCCUUAUCUAAAUUUUCUAAAUCAUUUGAUGCUGGUAUGACUUUCUGAUUUUUAGCCUUAUCUUCUGGUGUGUCACUUUUAUGCUUGUAUGAUGGUCAUAUGCAAUCCUGGAAAUCACAUUCGGUUCUCAGUGCUUCAUUGCUUUGCUACGACAGCACUCCUUUCUCUGGCUUUUUGUACAUUUAGUUUCAGUGCCUUAGUUUAUCAGUCAAAUGAACGUAUCAGUUCUCUGACUGCAGGAGACAAGAUCAG